ACUACAUUAUGCUAAUCGUGGCGGGGCCCGCGCGCGCGGGGGUGGGGCCCGCGCGUAUAAAGGGGGCGCAGGCGGCUGGGCGUUCCACAGGCCAAGUGCUCUGUGCUCGAGGGGUGCCGAAUAGGCCCGAGUGAGCAAGCGAGCAGUCAGGCAGCUCUGAGGGGGCGCGGCCGCAGCCGGACAGGACCAGCGAACCAGUCGUGGAAGCCGUCCACCACCAGCCAGCCAGCACAGCAGAGAUGGAGCGCCUCGUCAGCGGUGAGACCUAUCCUGUACUGGUGCGCACUAGCGCCUGCCGUAGCCUCUUCGGGCCGGUGGACCAUGAGGAGCUGGGCCGCGAGCUGCAGAUGCGCCUGGCGGAGCUGAACGCGGAGGACCAGAACCGCUGGGACUUCAACUUCCAGCAGGACGUGCCUCUGCGGGGCCCUGGGCGCCUGCAGUGGACCGAGGUGGACAGCGAGUCCGUGCCUGCCUUCUACCGCGAAACGGUGCAGGUGGGGCGCUGUCGCCUGCUGCUGGCGCCCCGGCCCCCCCCGGUGGCCGUGGCUGUCAUCCCGUCCCCUGAGCCGCCGGCCACUGAGUCCGUCGACGGCCUCGAGGAGGCGCCUGAGUCACCUAGCGCCCCGGCGGCGGCGCCCACCCCGCCCCCAGCCCCGGCCCAGGUCCUGGACCCGGCCCCGGCCCCAGUCCCGGACCCGGACCCGGCACCAGCUCAGGCCACGGUCUCGGCCUCAGACCUGGCCUCUGACGCCGAGCCGGACCCGGACGCGGCGCCCCAGGACGGCGCCGAGCCAGAUGAGAACCAGCGCAGCCAGGAGCCGCUCGCUGACCAGAUGCACGCGGGGAUUCCGGGACGUCCCGCGGCCGGCACCGCUGCAGCGGGAGCGAACAGCAGCGCGGCGAUCAAGAAGCUGUCGGGGCCUCUCAUCUCUGAUUUCUUCGCCAAGCGCAAGAGAUCUGCGCCUGAGAAGUCGUCGGGCGAUGUCCCUGCGGGGUGUCCCUCUGCUAGCGCGGCUCCUGGGGUGGGCGCCGUGGAGCAGACCCCGCGCAAGCGUCUGCGAUGAGUUAGUUUAGAGCCCUGAGAAUUCCUGGGCGGCGGAUGUUGGAAGACAGCUGGGCCUCGGCUGGGACCGUACAUGUAGCAGCAACCCGCGGCGGCUGCCGCAGAGCAGCGAUUGGCUUCGUGUUUAAAAAUCUGAAACGUGUGCAAUGUGUAAUGACGUCUCUAUAUCAAGAUGUAUUCUGCACAGGAGUACACUGGUCCCAAGGUGUAAAGCUUUAAGAGUCAUUUAUAUAAAAUGUUUAAUCUCUGCUGAAA